AUGGACAAUGCAUUGAAUGAUUUGGGAAUUUCUACAAAGAAAGACAGAUCUCCUUUCCUCAAUGAUGUAUUUGGCUACGUGGAACACGAGGUGUACGUCAAGGGAUUAUGUGACUCUGACAACGAGGUUGAAUUUCGUGUUAUGUUGGACUCCUUCUGGCCCCUUUGGAAGGAUAGAGAGACUUUGCUGAUUGAAGGAACAAGUAAGGAACAAGUAUACUCCCUUGGAGUGGCAGACAAGGAGCAUUGCUUGAUGGAAUUCUUUGAAAAGUUUGGUAAGAACUCUGUAAAGACAACCAAUAUUAGUACCCUGGCAAACACAGGGAUAAACAGAACUGUUUCCGGGAAAAAAGGCCAACAUAACAAGACAAGGCAUCGCACCGCCAAGGGGAAAAUCCUUUGCGUGAAGAGUUUUCCCAAGUCUUAG